CCGAUUUAUAUAACCUGUUGAAUAUGUAAGGCGCCUGGCGAUCUAUAUAAGCAAGAUAUUAGAGCAAAUGAUUGUUAAAAACGUAAAUAGUUCUACAAUGAUUGGCAAGAGUUUAUUUCUUGUGGCCUUAAUAGGGCUGGCCAGUGCCAGUGUAAUUGAACCAGUCAUAACUGAGACUUUGCUUAGUGCAGAAUUCGAUCCACAUCCCCAGUAUGCCUACAGCUAUGGAGUAAACGAUCCAUUAACGGGAGAUGUUAAAAGUCAAGUCGAAUCUAGAGAUGGGGGUUUUGUUAAAGGCCAGUACACUCUGGAUGAACCCGAUGGUACAAAACGAAUUGUGGAUUAUACUGCAGAUGAUGUGAACGGGUUCAAUGCUGUGGUACAGAAAGUUCCUCUUGCGAGAACUGUAGUAUCCGUACCAGCUCCGGCUGCAGCUGUAGCGGUUGCGGCGCCCAGCGUCACUGUCGCCGCACCAGCAUCGUCAAUUAUUACAUCAGCAGCACCAGUAGUAUCUUCCAUAUCUGGUGCUUUAACCCAGCACUACCCUUAUACAGGACACUACGGUUAUAGUCAUUACGGAUACCCGGCCGGGUAUUCCUAUGGAUAUCCUUACGGAUAUUCAUAUGGACACUACCCCUAUCUACAUGGAUACACACACGCUUAUGGUUAUGGACAUCCAUAUGGGCAUGCUCUGUGGUAAAUGCCGUUGCUAUUUAUUUAUCCUAAUUAUCUCAUGUUAAAUUACGAUUUAAACACAUUUUGUUAUUCGUUUGGAGGAGGUCUACCAACAGAAACUUAAUAAA